ACAUCUUCAUACUCUCAACCAGGAACCACGAAACUAUUCUCUUCUUCUGUCUCCAAGCAACAAUUCAACACCCGUAUUCCAUUAAUUAACAGAGGAAUUUUCAGAUGAGGACUGUCUUCUCUAAGUCACCGUCGCCGGCGAGGACUACCCCACCACCUUCGCCGCCCCGCCAGACAUUUUCAGAGUCCUUAAUGGACGAGGACAUCGAGCAAACGUGGAACGAGUCGAUAGUCAGAUUUGCCCCUGAAGAUCUGAGGAAUUACAUGUCAGAUUUGUUUAAUGGGAGUAACAGUUCGGGGAGUGUUUCGUCAAAUUCUAGUCAUGGGGGUCGUAGUCAUUGAAGCGAGGCGAUCUUUGCUUCAAUAAAUCGCCGGCCUUUUUUUAAUCACAUGCUGUUUUGGAUGUGUGAAUAAGGACAAAAAAAUGAAGCGUGUAGAGAGUUUUGUUGCUGCCCCUCCGCCUAGUGUGAAUCUCCAAUACAUGUAAACAACAAAGGUUAAAUGCUAAA